UUCUCUUUCCUUUCUGCUUUACUAUCCAGCCAAAAUGGGGCGAGGACCAAAGAAGCACCUCAAGCGGGCCAAUGCUCCCAAACAUUGGAUGUUGGACAAGCUUUCGGGCUCGUUCGCACCCAAGCCUUCAGCUGGCCCCCAUAAGAUGAGGGAAUGUCUUCCCCUCAUCAUCUUCUUGAGGAACCGCCUGAAGUACGCGUUGACCGGUGAUGAGGUGAAGAAGAUCGUGAAACAGAGACUCAUCAAGGUCGAUGGAAAAGUCCGUACCGAUGUGACUUUCCCAGCAGGAUUCAUGGAUGUUGUGACCAUCGAGAAGACCGGUGAGCACUUCCGUCUGAUCUUUGACGUCAAGGGCCGCUUUACUGUCCACCGUAUCACCAAGGAGGAGGCUUGCUUCAAGCUUUGCCGUGUCCGCCGCGUUGCUGUUGGUAACAGGAGUGUUCCCUACAUCGUCACCCAUGACGGUCGCACCAUCCGUUACCCCGACCCAACCAUCAAGUCCCACGAUACCAUCAAGUUGGACAUCACUAACGGCAAGAUCACCGAGAUUGUGCCGUUCGACACUGGAUGCCUUGUCAUGGUUAUUGGUGGUCGUAACUUGGGACGUGUUGGUGUUGUCACUCACCGUGAGCGUCACCAUGGAUCCUUCGACAUCGUCCACAUUAAGGAUGCUGUUGGCAACACCUUUGCCACUCGUCUCUCCAAUGUGUUCGUCCUUGGCCGCCAGAAGGCUCUUGUUUCACUGCCCAAGGGCAAGGGUGUUCGUCUGAGCAUCGCUGAGGAGCGUGACCGACGCUUGGCUUCAGACAAGUAAUCUGUUUUUAUUCUUGUCUUGAUUUAAUACAAAGUGGAAAAGAU